GUGACUACUACGGGAGUUUGCACACGACCGCUCUGUCUCCAACUGUAUCAAGUCAACCCGCUUGAGGACGUGACAUACAGCAGUGACGUCAUACCGUGUAUAUCCUUGUCUUUACGACCACGCCUUGGGAUAAUGCGAGUGGCGAAUUAUAUUGAUCCCCCUUCACAGCCAAGCCCAAAUAAGACACACAGCGGACACACACAGCGGACACACACAGCGAUGGAAACGGCAGGCGGGUUAGAUCCCCAUGGCCGUUCAUCGACCGACACAUCAGUCAGAGAUGUGCGCAGAGUCUUGCUGUGUGUGGUGAUAGCGGAGCUGGUCCUGGUCAUAGUACUGCUGAAAAUAGUUCUCCAUUACAUCAAACAGAGCACUGCCGGAAUGCCACAAGAAGAAGUCACGGAUGAACUCAAACCAGAUUUAGUACAAUGCACAACUGGAAACUCAGAUACAAACUCAAUACGAAAUGAUGUAUGUGAUCAAGAUCUGAUCAACCUGAAUGAUUCACAGGAACUUCCAAAUUCCAGGACAGAUACUGGGCGUAGUGCUAAAAAGGUGCGAGAGCUUAAGCAGAGAAACAGAUACGUCCACAAUUACAGGACAAUGGGGCUGCAGUCGUGUGACGACACCGACCUCACCGGCUUGUACAGCAGCACGGAACGGUUCGGCAGCACAGACAGUCAUGUGUAUGAGACCCUGAGUCUGAGCAGUGAUAUGUCUGACUCAAAUACAAGACUCAGUAGUUCCAAGACAAGUAACAUGUCGACAAAAAAAGAAGGGGAAAAGAGCAAUACAGACUCUUCCGGCAGACUUCAUGCUUUGACAACAACACGGGGACGGAAGUUUCGAGGAGUUGUAACUGAGAAUAUAUACUCACAAAAAAUAAAUACGCGCUUUCAUGUUUUCAAACGUCAGACAUGAUGUGUUUGUUUGCCCGUCAACUUCAAAACACAUCGAAUAAGAUUCGUACUCGAACAUUGCUGUGUUUGAUUCCCUCUUGCCUGAAUACACAGAAAAAUAUAAUUUGAUUGUUUGGCCUUUGUUGCUAAAUAUUACAAAACUGCCAAUAUGCGUUUUCGAAACGUUUCAGUAUAGAUAUGUUGCUGUGACCCUAAACCAGGCUAUUUGGGCAUAACAUGGAUCUUUUUAGAACAUUUGUUACUUAAGUUACUGAUAUUACGACUGUUCCCGUUCAUUACCGUCCUGUCGGGUACUCAUAUUUCGGAAUGGACUGGAAUUUGGUCGUAACAAUCACUUCGCGAGACGAAUGUUAUCUAAAUGGGUCGGGUUAGACUUUAUUGUUUGCGAGACCUAGAUCAAAGUUACAACAGCAGUGAUAAGCCACAACCUCACGUACUCAAACCUAUCUACACUCGUGUUCGUGUGGAACUGAUCUGGCUGUGACGCUGCUGCAAUUCUCAAUAUAUGCUCCUAAAACAUGUAAAGCAGGACACGAUUCUUUCAUAUUUCUGUUACCCUUACCUAAUGUAUGUGGUUUAUAGCUGCACACAUCGUCAUCUCUUUUCCUUGAUGACACCCUCCAAGAGACAAACUUGCUUUUUCAUUUCGUCAAUAUUUUCUUUUUUUCGAAUCCAAGUCCAUUUGAAUGCAGAAACAAGACUGCCUGUACAAAUACCACAAUUCCGACUAAGAACCGGAAUAAAUCCAUAAACAUGUUCUGGCAACCAAUUCAUGAGAAGGCCACUUGAUCGGGUGGUUGCUGCCUUGGUUGGUUGCAUGUCAUCGAAACUCAGGAAUUGAAUGCGUGGCUUGAAUAUUGCUGAGUGCGGAGUGACAAACGCAGUUGUGCUGCCAACGCUUUGUACCCACCGAUAACAAGGCAUACACUUGAAGCCAACACUCUUAUGAAGUAUAUUCACGGGUAUUCAAAAUAUUCCUCAAAAUCAGAUAAUGUACUGAUACAAUCUGGAUCUGUUAUGCAAAUAGAACGUGCCGUACAUGGCACAGUCUUGAGACUGUGUUCGGAUGUUUC